CGUGACAUAUUCUAUACAAAUGACAGGUUUGUAUUCUUAUUUUAUAUGCUAUCUAUUUCAAUAAACUAAUUUCGUAUACAGUACUACAUAAGAUCUUUAGUAUAAAUAUUUUUCUGAGAUAUUUUAAAAACUAUCGAAAUAUGUCAAAUUAAUUGUAAUUAGUAUUUGUUUCUUAGGUCCUACAGAUUCGUGUAGUCAAUGUGAAACAACUGGACAUGGUGUAUGUAUAGAUAAUAGUACAACAUGUCAAUGUUUUCCUGGAUUUCAAGGUCCAUCAUGUUCAAAUCCGGUUGAUAUAAUACCAUCUGAUGGUACUAGUUCUUCUACAACUGAUAUAGUUACAUUAAAUGUUGGUGCUAUUGUAGCUAGUACUGUUGCAGGUGCUCUCAUAACUGUUAUCAUUGGUUUAAUAAUAUUCUUUAUUUGGAAAAGAAGAAUGUAUAAAAAUAAGAAAUCAUCAGAACUUUCAUCUUCAGUACCAUCAGCUCAACCUAUUGCUGUAUCAGCGUUAUACAAUUUCCCAAUAUCUCAACAAAACUCAUCUAUAUCAUCUUGUGCAACAAUGGAGUACCAUUUAUACGAAGAAUUACCAUAA